AUGGUGAAGACGAUUCAGGACAACGAGCAUGCUGUGCAGGUCAGACCCACGAAAGUGCAGCAGCGCGUCGAGCUUGCCAACGUGCGUCGCUUCCAUCAGGACGUGCUUCCGGGCUACCGCAAGACGGAUCUGACCAAGAUUGCACUCACAUCGCAAGACUUGGGCCAAGUCCGACAUCGCUUCAAAGGCACCGUCUACGUCAAAGACGAGUCGGAUCGCUACGGUCUGCCAGCUUUCAAAGUGCUAGGUGCUGCCUACGCGAGCUUUGUAGCCAUUUGCGAAGCCUGGCAGCUCGACCCACAUACGGCGACCGUCCAAGAGCUGCGCCGUCAUGCCCGGUCCAUCGAUCCCACGCCUCUUCUGGUCGCAGCGACCGACGGCAACCAUGGCCGUGCCGUCGCCUUCUUCUCCAACCUGGUCGGACUGGGAGCGCGCAUCUACAUUCCCAGUGGUGUCUCUUCGAUUGCCGAGAGAGCGAUCAGCGCAGAGGGCCCCGACGUCGAUGUGAUCCGGCUGCAAGAGGACUACGAUGAAUGUGUCAGGCAAGCUGCUGCCUUUGCUGCCGCUGACGACCCCACGCAAGGCCAGCAACGCUUGCUCAUCCAAGACACCGCUUGGCAAGGGUACACGCACAUCCCUCAACUGAUCGUCGACGGCUACCAGACCAUCUUCCGAGAAGUCGACGAGGAGCUUGCUUCGCGCAGCCAACAAGAGGCGACGCAUGUCUUUUGUCCCGUUGGCGUGGGCUCCUUGGCCGACGCCACUGUGCAACACUACACCGCUGCCAGGGAUGAGGCAACAUCGCUGCCGACAUGUAUGGCCACGUCCAUCAUCGCCGUCGAGCCAGCGGGCUCGGCCUGUCUUGCCGAAUCGCUUGCUGAAGCGCGGCUCACCAGCAUACAGACGCGAAACACCAUCAUGGCGGGUCUCAACUGCGGGACUCCGUCUUACACUGCCUGGCCGAAUCUUCAGGCCGGCAUCCAGGUGGUCGUCACCAUCGAAGACGAGCAUGCACUAAACGCCGUCCAGAGGCUCCACACGUCCGGGAUCGCCGCGGGACCAUGCGGCGGCGCACCUCUCGCUGCCCUUCAAACAUUGUUCAGCAAUCCGUUCGAGGCGGAGAGACUAGCUCUCCUCGAUGACGAGCGUGUCGUUGUAGUACUAUUAAUGACCGAGGGGGCGAAAUCAUCAUAA